AUGGCCAUCUACGAGGAGUAUGCAUCGCUCCCUAUCAGCGGCGAUAUCACGCCUGGCGACAUCGUCGCCGUUAACCACGACCGCUACGGUCGUCAAGAGGGCCUCGUCGUUGGCUCUCGUGUCGACUUCGCUGGCCGACAAAUCCUCGAAGUCCAACUCGAAGCCUCAAGCGAAAUCUACCAAGCAUGGUACCCCACCGUCACCCGCGUUAGGAGAACAGUCUCCUACACCCGACCUGUCGUCGCAAAACAGCGCACCAUUGAGCGCCGAAUCUACUGGUGA